AUGGCCAAGCGCCUCGUGCCAUGGCUUUUUAAUCUUCUCGUCACGCUCUGGACGCUGUGCUGCCAGGCCGCCGGCGCGGACCCGACCACCGGCUUCACCGCCGUCGAGGUCUCGGAGGACCGGUUCAAGCUCCACAAGCCGUACGACCUGCCGCCGGAGCAGCGGUACGAGCUCCGCGACGGCGUGCGGCGGCUCUGGGUCUACUGCGACGACAAGCCCUUCAGCGCUGGCAGCCCCACCAAGCCGCGCGCCGAGAUCCUCCUCAACAGGACGUACAGCUCCGGGGUGUGGCAGUUCGAGGGGUACGGGUACGUGCCGGCCGGCACGACGGGGGUGUCCGUGAUGCAGGUGUUCGGCGCGGCCGGACCGCCGCGCAACACGACGCUGAUGCUGCACGUCUACGGCGGCCGGCUCGUGUACUACCGCGACGAGACGAAGGUGGUCGACGGCGACAUCUACGACCGGUGGUUCAGGCUCAACGUCGUCCACGACGUCGAGGCGUCGGCGCUCACCGUGUUCGUCGACGGCCAGCAGAGGCUGACCGUGCCCGGCUACGGCGGCCACCGACACUACUUCAAGUUCGGGGUGUACACGCAGACAGACCCCUCGCAUUACAUGGAGUCGCGGUGGAGGGAUGUCAAGGUGUACACCAAGACUCCCUACUGA